AUGUCCAAGACUUCGGUGGCUAACGUUUAUCACCUGCACCAGGGCGACGUCUAUGCCAAAGUCAUAACUGAUGUUUGCGAAGCGUCACGGCAAGAUUUUGAGGAAGGUGGCGUGGAGUUGGCGACUCUUGAACUUCUGAGAUCCGAAUGGCAGAAGAAGCUUUCUGGUCUCAAGGUUGCGCAGCUUCCUUGGGAUCCCCCCCCAGCUCCCGUCAUCAAAGAACAAAGCACUGUUCCUAGCAAUGCAAAACCCGUGCCGCAAACCCUCCCAAGCAAUGGGACUGCUGUCAACACCCCUCCAGCUCAACAGGCCCCCCCUUCUGCUCCGCCCAUCAAGAUCGAAAACAAUGCUACCUCUUAUCCAACACAGCCAGCGCCCCCUCCCCCGCAACCUUAUCAGGCACCAUCUUUCCAGCAGGGUCAGCCCUUGACCGCUCGCGAUCGAGCAGCCAUGAAUCUUCACCAAAGUUUUGGCCAACGUGCUGGUCCUCAAAUUGCACAACUUCAAUCCGGCAGCGCGCCUCGUGUGCCUAUACAACCAUCCGCAGCGCCUUCGGGCAACUACAUUAAGCAGGAAGACUCUACUUCUGCAUUCACCGACAUCCAGAACUAUGCCGCAGACAUCAAACCUCAGACCCAAACUGCUCUUAAUGCAAGCCAAACAGAUGGUUCAGGCGACGCCCGUGAUGAUUGGGAAGCCGAAUACUCCCAACGGAAAAUAUUCGCUGCUGCUCACGGUGUUGAAGCUGACCGUCUGAUGCGCGCUCACUUGCGGGCUAAGCAACAAGAACUUGAAGGUGGCGGUCUUCUGACGGCCCUCGAUGAACGUACAAUUCCCGGCAGAGCUGCUGCUCGGACACUCAAUGCCCUUGCUCCCUCGGCGGGCAUCACUCACGCUACGAGCGUCAGCCGUGCACAGGGCGACGCGACGGGCGAUGACGACGAUGCGGAUGAAGAUGAGGAUGCCAUCAACUCCGAUCUGGAUGAUCCCGACGACCUGGCCGCAAACGAGGAGAAUGGAGAAAACACUGACCAAGUUAUGCUCUGCACCUAUGACAAGGUUCAGCGGGUCAAGAAUAAGUGGAAGUGCACUCUCAAGGACGGUAUUUUGAGGGUGGAAGGAAAUGAGUAA